CUCUGUUUUUUGUCGGGUGGCCGAAAAGUGCAUUCAACAAACGAAUGUCUUUCAAAGCCACGAGAAGGAGAAGCCGGAGCAGCGGUUACGCCGCCAGGACAAUCUCCACGACGAGGCGGCGCAGUGACAACUCGCGUUUCGAUGAAUUCGGCUUCGCGCUGACCAAACGGAAGGACCAGAAACUCCAUCACCGAAGUCAUGAUUACAGCUUCACCCAGCUGAGCUCGCUGAGGGUGAAGGAGCUGUGCGAGCUGCUCAGCUACUGGAAUGAUGCCAGCUUCAUCUGCAAGAGCCAGAUUGAGCGAUUCAUCAGGAUGGGUGUUCCUCCAAGCCUGCGUGGCAGAGUGUGGAAGUGUCUCCUCGCCAUCGACAGUCUGAGGGAGAGCAGUGCCUUCAGCUACCAGAAGUGUCUCCUCGAGGUGCGAGGGCCCCUGGUGGACUUGGGAGUCAGCGAGUACGGCAUCCUGUCGGCCAUCGCCACAUUGAGCGACACCCAAAACCAUCUGGGCUUGAACCAGGGGCAGACCUCCAGCUCUUCCGAGCUCAGAUACUCUGCAGACGACAUCACGCUCUUCAGACAGAUCGCCCUCGACCUACAACGUUCUUUCCCCACCCAUCGCUCUCUGAUGGGGGACAGCCCAGAGGCCGUCGAGGGCCAGGCUAAACUCUUCAGGGUCCUCAUCGCUUAUGGCAAAUACAGCCCGCAGGUUGGAUACAGCCAAGGGAUGUCCUACUUAGCUGCGGUGCUGCUGAUGCAGCUGGGGGAGGAGGAGACGUUUUGGGCUCUGACCGCCUUGCUGGAUAAACCCAAAUAUCUCUCUGAACUGUUUGACCUCAGCCUCGCCAAGGUCCAGCACCAGGCGAAGGUGUUCCACCAGUUCCUGAAACACAGGAAGCCGCAGCUCUCUCAGCACAUGGAGUCAGUGGGUGUCCUGUCAGUCCACUUUGUGAUGCCAUGGUUCCUCACUCUCUUCACUUCCCUGCCCUGCUGGGACUCUGUCCUGGCUGUCUGGGAUCUCAUCAUUCUGCACGGCCUUUCUGCUGUGUUCCGUACGGCGCUGACCAUCGUGGAGCUCCUGGAGCCUCGACUGAUGGAGCUGAGCGACGAGGGAGCGCUGCUGUCCCUGCUGCUGAGAGUGCCUGUGGACGUAGCCCAGUACGCCGUCUUAAUCCCUGCCCUGUGGAACACUGAGGUGCAGGACUGGGAGCUCAAAUGUAUGAACAGUCUGGUGUUGGAUGAGAGUCACCAUGGACCAGAACCGUGUCCAGAACCGGAGGCCAUUCCACCAACCCAAGUCGGUGAGGAAAAAGAAAAUGUACUGGCACCUCCAGAAGCAGAACAGACCACUGAGACGGUAUCUGUUGUCGGGUCUAAAGGUGUACUGACCCGCAUGAUGCGCCUGGCCCAGCGCUACCUGUUGGACCCGAUGGGCAGAAAGAGGACAGAGGGGGCGCGGCCGUCUCAAACACAGGCCAAGCCCAGACAACGCAGUCCUGCACCCGGACGAGUGUUCCGGAAUCGGACCUCGUCUUCACUAACACAAGCUCAGAUCAGAACCCACAUGCGGAGCCAGCAGAGAGGCGGGGCUCCAAAGCCGGCGGGGCACAGGACCGCCGGCGACGUCGCGGUGACGGAUGCAGCCGGAAGAAGUGACGGACCAGAGCCGGCCCUCAAGAGGACCUGCACAGGACCUUCUGGCAAGGCGGCCUGUCGCCAUAGCAACCGCAGCCUCGGCCAGCCCCAUACCGGAGACAAGUCCCUCCGUCUUCUGCGGAGCAAGAAUAACCCGCCGAGCCAGACCUCUCCUCCCUCCUCCUCUGUCCUCCCGCCGUCCCUCCGUUCCUCCACCCUACCUCCAUCUUCCUCCUCCGUCGCCCUGUCUCAAAGUCCUCCAUCGUCGUCCAGCGGAGAGCAGAGAGACACGCCCAGGACGGCUCAUCAGGGAAUUGUCGUCCCGCCAUCAGACCAGCGUCCCGUUCCGGAACGCCAGAGAGUCUGCGCUGAUCUGACACCGAGGAGAGGAACAAGCAAAGUGAUACGUUUAGUGAGUUAGUUAGUGAUGCGAAUCAGGGGAUCGUGGAACAAAUGGGUAACUCACUCGCACAGGGACACAAUUAAACGUGUGCCGGGUCCAUCCCCGCAUGAAUCCAUGUGAAGACCUGCUCAGGUCCUCUACACCGGCAAGGCCAGAUUUCUACCACAGUAUUAAGCCAGAGUCUCUUUAUGCCUCUUUGUACGAGUGAGUGCCGUGCGUGCACACAGGCACGUGCAUGUAAACCAGAUCUACUUUGAUACUGCUUUCCUGUUUCCAAUUGACCCUGAAUCAGUUUUUUAUUGUCUUGCACAGUUGGCACAAAUAAAAUAUUGAUAUUAUUUUUAAUGGGAGACAAUGUAAUUUGUGUGUGUCUGGAUGGGUGUGUGUGUCUGUGUGUGAGAAAUGAGUCAGUAUGUUUUCGUUGGGCUUCCAAAACCACAAUCAUAUGUAAUUAUCUUGAGUCUGGUUUGGAACUUCUUACACUGCUAGAUAUUGUUGACAGUUCUCACAGUAGUGUUGUUUAUUGAAUUUCAAUUCAAAGGUCAUUUUGGAUUUAUCUGGUAUGUUCUAAGAUAAUAUAAAAGGUUAAAAAGCCCCGUCGGCUGAUAUCGUCUGCGAGACAUGAGCCGGUCAACGUCGUGGGCUGCUAUCUCGUGCGCUGCUACGUCGUGCGCUGCUAUCUCGUGGGCUGCUAUCUCGUGCGCUUCUACGUCGUGCGCUGCUAUCUCGUGGGCUGCUAUCUCGUGCGCUGCUACGUCGUGGGUUGUUAAGUCGUGGGCUGCUACGUCGUGGGCUGUUAAGUCGUGGGCUGCGACGUCGUGCGCUGCUACGUCGUGGGCUGUUAAGUCGUGCGCGCUCACGAGCUCUGAGCUUCUCUCCAUUAUUUUCCUUCUGCCUUGUCUCCUCCUUGACGACGAGGACCCCACAUUUCUUCCUCAGUCUUAGAAGGCGGCCUCUAUUCUCACCAUCUGAUCUUUUGUGUCACAUGCUUGUGUGUGUUCAUCUUCCUAACGAUGCAUGUGUCAAACUGUUCCCUCUGUUUCUUCAUUACCUGGAAGCCCAAGUGUCUCCCUGGUCGUUAACCUGUUGAUUCACUGGCACUAUUAAUGUCAUGAGAGAAACACACCGUGUGCAGUGGAUGGUUGGAGGCAACGUCAUACCUGUGUUCAUUAUGAAAUAAUAUGAGAAAAAUUAAGCUUUUAGAUUUUAUAUUUGUUCCUCCAGAUGAUGCGUUCUGUUUUUAUGGGAGACAUCUAUACAUGUAGCUGUUUUAACUCACACAAGGCCCUAAAAAAAAUAUGCUUAUUCUGCUUUGAAGAGUUCUAUAUAUUUUUCUGAGAUCUUCAGGAGGCCAACUAGUAUGAAUGUGUCUAUUUUCAGUCUUUUUUUAUUGAUAUUUUUAUUUUUUUAUUCAGUAGGAUUUGUUAUGAGCAAUGUUUUGGUUUUUGCCCCUGGUGCCGUUUCUCACGAAGAAUCCAGUAAAUUGCCGUUUGGGACGUCCUGGCAGCUGAAGGCUAUGAGUCAUGUGUAUUAUUAGUCAUCUUUCACGUCUGUAACGUAAUAUUAGUCAUCGUUCACGUCUGUUUGUUUGCAUGGUUUGAGGUUCUCCAGUAACUAGAGGUGGAAAGUCAUGGAACACGGAAGCUCGACCUUCCUGAAGAUUACGUAACUAUGCAACUGAACCGCAUUCUCAUUCACGUUUUAUUGAGGGGAAAGUGUUUGUUUUAGGCUGCAGUUUUUUAAACGCGUGAUUUGACGGCGGGUGUUGAAACGAAGCAGGAUGGAUGGAGGAAAAUAUUCACGCGAGAGGAAUUUGAAAAGCUUGAAAUCCAUAGCUGGGUAGGAACCAAUUAGGUUAAUGAUUGCCUCGAAUGUCCUAACAUCCUCCCUGUUGAGCUAAUCUACAAUCGCAUUCUUUCAUUCCAGGGGAAAGUGGAGGAGAGUCCCUCUGAACCUGCUGUCUCCACACCGCGGUGGAUGGCCCUCAACUAGCCUGGGAGAGUCUCGCUUGUCAGUCCUGGCAAGGGCCCCAGCUUCAUACCUCAUGAUAACAGCAUAAAUAUCCACUUCAAAAGCACGUUCAGGAAUUAGGUUACACGAGGCUGCAAGGGUCUGACAAGCAGAACUGGUGAUUUUGAAGCGGUUGUUUUAGUCAUUGUUCUCAGUGGAUGCGUGUAAACAUCACAUGAAAACUGGGUCAGAUCAUGAGAAAUUCAAUUACAUUUAUUUUGUAUAGCCCAAAAUCACAAAUUUUCCUCAGAGGGCUUUACAAUAUACACAUACAUUACAUCUCUUUCCCAGGACCUCACAUUGGAUCAGGAAAAACUCUCCAAAAUAACAAAAGUAACGAUUAAAUUAAAUUAAAAUCAUAUUUCUUUUAAAAAGCACAUACAAAUAAAAAAUAUACAGCAAUGUCGCUGUGCAAGGUGUGUGCAGUUUGUUGAAUGAACUACUUUCUUUCUACUAAACUACACCCAACAGUUGUAUCACUGCGCAUAAGGACGCCUGCUUAUUUAUACUGCUAGCUCACCCGGCACCGCUAAACUAACGAGCUAGCUCACCUGGCACCAAUGAGCUAACAAGCUAGCUCACCUGGCUCCGCUGAACAGACUAGCUCGCUCACUUAGUGCUGCCGUGCUCGCUGAUAAUGCCAUGCUGAUUAGCUAGAGAGCAGAGAAUAGCAGCUGUGUAUUGGGGUCUUUCUUAUACCCUCUCACACACACACCAGCUUUUCCAGCUUUGCUGACGAGAGCAGAGCCGGGUUCACACACGCUCUAUGAACACACAAGCUGCACAGGUAAUGGAAAGUGGCGGACAGGAAAGUGAAAGGCAGCAUCUGUUUCCCUCUAUUCAUCUGUAGGUGACGAUGAAGAGGCUGGAGUCGGGGGGGGGACAUCCUGCUUGGCGCUUUUCCUCACGCCUGUUCUCUCUUUCUCUCUCUCUCGAUUUGUCGCUCUAGCAUCAGCUUUAAAAUCACUAGUAGGUUAGGGUGUCAUUUAUACUCCAAGUUACAAUACUGGCCUUAUGUUUGGCUGAGUGGACAUAAGCACGCUAUCAACAUUUUAAGGUUAAUAUAUUUGCGUUCUUGUCAAGAGUUCGAUGAGGAGAUUGAUACCAGUCUCAUGUUCAUACAAUAAAUUGGAAUAUCCUCGCCAGCUAGCUUAUUUUAGUUCAGGCCACAGAUGAUACUUAAUUAGCUUCCCAGCACCUCCAAAGCUCAGGAAUACAUUACACCUGUGUAACUUAAUCUGUAUUACAGAAAUGUUUAUACCUAAAAAAUGUCUGUUAGCAUCUAUGUGCAAAGUUAUGCUAACCAACUAUGGCUUCACAGGGCUCUCAAGUCUCACGCAUUGAGCGUGAGACUCACGCACGCCCGCCACACAUCGUAUUUCUCACGCUGAAAAAAACUCUCGGCUAUUUAAUGCUUGAAUGCAGGGGUGCUCAAUACGCCAAUCGAUAGGUCGAUCGCGGUCGCUGCAGAGCUCGAAUGUGUUUCCCCGUUUUGCUGUGGUUUUGGAGAUCACUGUGGUGCGCACGAAUCUCGGUUUUGCAGUACCGACAAAAAGCUUUGGUAUCAUCCCCAGCCACACGUUCUAUCCAUUCUUUAAUUCCGUUUUCACUUUCCCAUUCUUUCGUAUAUUUCUUCCCGUAUUUAGCCCACUUACCGGGUGGCAUGUUUCUCCAGUGUAGCUAGCUACACUAACUACCAGACCAGAGUUGGGAUCGAGCGGGUCGCGGGAGACUGAGAGCGGCGAGAGCUUUAGGUCUACCCGAACCAGCGGACAAGAAAUUCAACCCGCGGCAACACUUCAAAAGUAGCCCAAUUCCGCGGGAAAACCGCGGACCUGGCAACACUGCCCCCCCCCCCCCUCGUCAACAACUCUUCUCGGCUCGAUGCCGGCGAGCGCAACGCUCAGCUGCGAUGCGCGCGCAGGUGAGCAUCGGGUGUACAGACCUGAGUUUGGUAUCAAUCUUCUCCUUCAACCCUCAACAGGAAAGUGAAUACGUUAUUUUCCUAAGUGUCAAAUAGGUAAAUGACAGGUCUUGGACUCCCAGGUAGUUCGAGAUUAGCAGAGCUAUUUACUGUCAUUCUCGAUGGAAUACGAUAGUGAAAUGUAAUUAACUCGCAUGACAACACACAGAGUACAGGUUGGAGUCACGCGCAUUGUUAGCCAUGAGUACACGAAAUGACCAGAACCACCAAUUAAUGGAUCCGACCAACAUGUUCCUUCAUAACAACUGAACACACACUAUUUUCAGUCGGCGCAACUCACUGAAGAACCAAAUGUGUGUUUAUCCAAAGAUGAAAGUAUUCCCAAACCCUUUGCUAAAAGAUGCAGUGCACAGCUGUUUCAUGAAACUGCUGAGCUUUUUAAAAGUGAAAGGAUUUACGUUGUGUUUGGUCUUUUUGUUUCAGAAUUAAUCAACUUAUUUUAUGAUUUAUCUAUUUAUAUUUGUCACUGUCAUUGUAAACCUUCCACCGCAGCCUGUUCCUUGGCCUAUAUUAAAUGCUGGUUUGAUGUAAUGGGCUGCAGAAUCUAAGGAUAUACUGUAUAUCUCGAAACCCAGUGCUGACCCCUUUGAGUAACCCGCCCAGUCAGCCAGCCAGCAUGAUAGCGUAAGGGUGGGCUCGUUAUAUCUUCCAGAGCAGUCUGUUUCAUAACACCUGGGCGUCACAAUUUCAAAGUACAGGUUCACAAAAUGAAUCCUUGAAAUCGCUUUUUUUUUUUUUUUUUUUAUGAGCAGAGUAAGCUGCAGUUUCUCUUCCUCCUCCAAAUCUCUGAAUCUUAAAUCUGAUAGACACCUUAACAGCUUUGCAUUCUUUAAACCCAUGAGCUUGCCUCUGAUCCUAUCAAAUUUCAAUCGGCCCUCUCAUUCAACCUCCAUUACCCUGCAACAUAACAACACACAUCUAAACGAGGAAGAAGGGAUUAACAGGAGCCGUCUUUUAUGAGGCAAAUAUAAAUUGGUAAAAUUUUUGGGAGGUGUGUGUGUGUGUGUUUUACAAAGCAUGAGGCAUCAUUGCCUGUCCCUAAUUCCUGUGAAAGAUGAUUGAGUUGUCGGAGCUCAACUCGGAUACCACCCACCUGUGGGAACUCGUUUUUGUGUUCACACACACACACAUGCACACACACAAGGAAUGCUGCAUUUUCUGCGAAUACUUUAAGUCUGGUGAGAAAAAAAGGAUGUCACGCCUCUCACACACAGACAUGCACUGAUCUGGUAAAUGUCCCUAUCCUUCAGUAUUUAAAAAGAAAAAAAGCCCUGACACAGACUGAGUCUGUUUGCCUUUGACGGGGGGGAAGAACGUGAGGUCAAGGCCGCUUCGCGGCACAGUGUGUGUGUUGACUCCUGGUUGAUGUUUAAUCUAGAGUCCACAUUACUGUGAUGGGUGGAGCGCAGCCUCCUUACCGGUGCCGGAACAACUAUGCCAAACACGUAGAUAUAGAAAUCACAGUCUGACUGACUUUCAAAGCAGAUAUCAGUAUGUUUGGCUUGAAACCGCUCCAGGAGGAACUACCUUCGACAGGAAAUAGUCCUAAUAUAACCAGUAGUUCUAAAACCAGAAGUCUCUGCAUGGCUCAAUAUCUGUAGGUGAAAAGGUGUCUUUUGGUGACACUGUUAAACUAAUCUAACAGGAUGUGUUUGCAUCACAGUCUGAUGGCAAUUGUUCCACUCUAUCCGACCCGGGGCCCCGCCCAUCUACUCAAAUAGAUCGGUGCCCUCCCUCUGCGACGGCAGUGAUGUCAACAUCACUCCAGAUUAACUGUUCCGAUGUUUGAUGCCAGUUAUUCAUCGUGUCUUUCAUCUCUCCUUUUUUUUCCCAACAGAUGAUGCACCGAUGCUGCGUCCAAAUGUGUCCCCUCCCUCGCUACCACGUGACCAACAGUUCUCAGAUCAUGGAGUCCUCAGUUGACUUUUCACAAAUUAUGCUUCCAUUUUUUAGCAAAACAAACACGGGACUUUCACUCAGGAGGCCCCUGUCUGUGUCCCGUGUAAAACAGUGAGGAAGAGUCUGUUUGUCUUUAACGGCUUGAGGGUAAACGCUGACUUUAACCUCACUACGUACCAUUGUUGACUGUACCUUAAUUUAUUUACGCGAGUUACGUUGCGGUCGAUACUUUCUCAUCACAACACAACCCACGAUGGUCUUGUUGACAAGUUUGGUUGCCCAAACGGAACCAAUCGUUUCUCAACUUGCCGAUGUGCGGUCCUGCCACUGAUACGAGGCCGACGUCUCCACGAAACACAUUUCGCGGUUCAGAAACAUUCAACGUAUCCCGUUUUCAGAAGCGUGCAACGCCAACAUUGUAGUUCUGCCGACUGUGUUGCCAAACUAUUUACAGUAAUAUUGACUUAAAUUAUAUUUGGCUCAUGCUAGUGGCUAUGUGGGGCUUUAGACCAGUCAAUUGAUUUUAGUCAUACAAAUUGGCCUUAAGGGGCUUUAUAUUCUGUAAAUCUUGCAUUCUUUUAACCACAGGCUGCAUAUUAAUGAGUCACGACCUUUUUAAUAUAGUUAUUAUGUGUAAGGAUGCAUCAUAUCAUCCGGGUGUUGGUUUUCCUUCCUGUUUUUUAUAAUGUAAAUUACACUGAAACCACUUAAAGGCAGCUCUUCUCUGACUCGUCAAGUCAACAGUACCGAUUCUAAAAUGUGCAGCUGACAUCAAAUAUCGAUAGGACUCGCAUCGUGAAACAGAUGUUCUGUGUUUACCUCUGGAGUUGGUGUCUGUCUGUGGGUGGGGUGUUCUGUUCUGUCUCUGACAUCUCUGUCAUAAAAUAUUGAUCAGCUCCUCCGCCCUUCCUCCGUUUGCUUUAAUUGAACUGGCAGGGUGAGGAGGCGAGAGGUGAUUGAGGUGACAGAAUAAAAACCGGAACAGAGCGAAACAGAACCGGCUCGUCGAGUUCAUAAACGUCAAGACUCCCUCUAUAAAUCAGUUUCUAGUUCCUCGUGUUUAUCAUCUGUUCUCUCUCUCUCGCUCUCUCUGCUUUCUUGGUAAUGUAUUUGACACAAGAAACUUCUGUUUGCAAAGACGGUUGUGUUAAAUAAUAUUACAGGGAUGGGAGGUUACGACAUGAUGCUGCAGUACAAGAGGCCGACGAAUCACGGCUCAAAGGAACCAGUUGAACAUUUUGGGAGAACAUUUUGAGUAUCCUAUUACCAUUAUUAAUUAUUCUGCGAGCUGAGAAGAACAAUUUCAAUCUCGAUUGAAGUCUCUCAUUAAUUCUAUCAGUCGAAGUGACGUGCAACAUACGCUUAUAUGUUUUUGCUUUCAUUUAGAAAAAAGACUACUCCUAAUAAGCUGCAUGGCUCAUGAAAACGUGGGCUUUGCUUAUCGGCAUAUCCCACAUGUCCUAAUCGGAAAAUGCUCCAUUCGGGAAUAUGGCAUAAUUACAUGAACUAUAUAACAUUCUGAAUAGUUUUGUAAUCUGCAUAAUAGUGGAAUGUUGAGUGUGCAUGUAAAAUGGCUACAACUAUAACUUUCACAUUUCAUUAAAUGGGAAACAGAUUUUUUUUAUACAGAUAAUGGUGGGAAAAAAUGGAAAUGAUUUAAAUGUAUCUCGUGAUAAUAGUUCCAGUGCAGUUGGCGAAGUACAAAUUCUACAUUGAGUGGGUUUCUAGCUGCAGAAGAAAAAAAGAAAACACAUAGCUGAAAAUAUGCAUCCGCCCAAUCUGUCUGUAACCUGCAAACAGCAAUAAUAAACCGUGGCAGCGCUCUGCGUGGGAUGUAUUUUGGUCUCCAAACUUAUCAGGCGGUGGGGAACGUCUUCACCCCGGGAGACAUUCUGACUUUGGAGGCGGUGUUGACGUGAGGCCGUAAAAGGAUUUUUGUUUUUGUUUGACACGCUUCUGUUGAUCUCUCGAUGUUUCCAUCCGGUCCCAUGUGGGGCGGCGACAUUUCUUCUGACUGGAAAAGCUUGUUCCUAUUAUUUUAUUGCUCUUUCUCUCUAACUGUCUCUCUCUCUGUCUCGCUCUCACUCUGGUUCUGUCUCUCUCUUGCCCUUUCUCUUCAAACUGCUUCAUACACCAGGCAGUCAGGAAGCUGAACUCUCUCCCACUCCUCCGCUUUUAGACCAUCAACAAAAUGAUGCUACAACUCCACGUCUGACUGCUGCUGCAAUACAGACCUAAAGUUGUUUUAGAGUUCUUAAUUUAUAAAUCAUAAAAUGUCUAAAUAUUCUUUAUUACUUUAUUUGUAUUGCUCUUAUUACAAUUAUUAUUACUCACUUUAUGUUGGACAACAGACAAACAUACUUUCGAUCUUCUGUAUGUUCCACAAAUGGAAAAUUGACAAUAAAGAAGACUUUGACUUUUGACUUUGACUCUUGCUCUCUCUUGCACUUGUCCUCUCUCUCUCUUUCUUGCCCUUUAUCUCUCUCCCUCUCUCUCUAUCUUUCUCUCCCUUUAUAUCUCUCACUCUUUUGCUCUCUCUCUCUCCCUCGUUUGCUCUCUCUCUCCCUUUAUCUCUCUCUCCCUCUCUCUCUAUUUCUCCCUCUCUUUUUCGCCCCUUAUCUCUCUCCCUCUAUCUUUCUCUCCCUUUAUCUCUCUCUUUUGCUCGAGCUCUCCCUUUAUCUCUCUCUCUCUAUUUCUCUCGCUCUCUCUUGCAUUGGAGAAGAAAAUAAAGUUGCAAGUUGGCGACAGUGAGCUGCAGCGAGUUCACACCUGUCCCCUGGGAUUGAAUGUAAAUAUAAUGCAGUUAUGGCUCUCAGGCUUCCAAAUAUGUAUCCUCCUGUCGAUCAACUUUUCUCCUUUCAUGUUAUCUCUGCUGAGCGUUUGCUCUUCCUUUCCUAUUGUGUGUCUUCUAACCUCUUUAAAUGUGCACGUGGCUCUUCUGCAUCACAACGAUAUUCAACCUCCGGACUUUAUUAGCUCCAAUGUGUUUCAGCAAGAUCGACUGAAUAAUUGAAAAUGUAUUACUAAUUACUUCAUUAAAAGCAAGUGUUGCAUUAUU